UUUGUUAAUAUGCUUUGAGGAACUGAUGAGCGUAUUUGCAUCAUCUUGCAUUUUUUUUCACAUUAACGAGUCCCUCUGACUUGGUGAAAACAAGAAGGUCCACGGAGAGUUCUAUGGGCACCCUCUCGAGCCUAACUUGCUCCUCUUUGCUCCUCUUUGGACCUUCUGGUCCUUCUUUAAAAACGCAGACACGCGCUCUGCUCUUCUCCUAAGCAUGAGCUCAUCCAACUCCAGCGCGAGAUUCAUCCCCCUUUCUGUCGACUUCACCCUCCCUGAACAUUAUCUCAUAUACGCUUUUCACAUCACCUUCGCCACGUGCGCCUCCGUGCUGGCCGGCUCGGUGCUCGUGGGCAUUCUGAAAGACAGAAACCUGCACGCGCAGAACAGGUUCGUGUUCAUGAUCAACACGAGCAUCUGCGACACGCUGACGGGUCUAUCCGUCUUCUAUCUGGGUCUGUUUGAUGUGCAGGAGGGAUACCCGUCCAGAAACGGGACCUUCCAAAUUUUGCCCUCAUUGCUGGGGGUAAACAUCAUCACCUUCAUGUUCGCUCAGUUUGAUCGUUACUGCGCGGUGUGUCACCCCUUCUUCUACAACCGCUACAUCUCCAGAUCUGUGGUGAUCGGGGUCUGCGUGUAUUCCUGGUUCCAUGUUUAUGUGCAGCCGCUGGCGUCCAAUCUCGUGCCUCUGGCUCAAGCCGCCCAGAUCUACGCCUUCAGCAUAGCCUGCCUGCAGAUCAUAGUGGUGACCAAGGUGGUGAUGACGGUCAAGCUGUACCUGGUGGCUGAGUCUCAGCUGAAGCGCGAUCCUCCGGGAGCGGAAAGGGACGGUAAGAAGGAGUCUUUGCGCAUCAUCAUAGUGGUGGUCAUCCUCUUCCUGACUCUCUGGAUGCCGUCCUUCGUCAACAUCAUCCUGAGGCAGGUGAGCAGGUCCGGUCUGGUCUUCAGGAACGAGGCCACCAACGCUUUCGCCAUCAUGGCGAGGCUGAACGCGGUCAGCACCCCCGCGGUCUACCUGCGGGGCAGCCCGGCGCUGCGCGCGGCCGUGUGGCGCGCGGGCUGGAGCAAAGUCCUACCUGAGUGGACAAGGUAGAAAAAUACACUUCAGCACCAGUUACACAACACUGUAUGCACAGCAGUGAAUCAAAUGUGAUCAUAAACUCCCACUGUAUAGAGUCUGUCAAAGAGCAAAGCUGUAAAAAAAAGAGCAUAAUGCUUUGUUACCCACCCUCCUUGACUUUUUCUCUCCACUCUUUCUCUUCUUUUUAGUACAAAUAAAACAGUUCUAGAUGGGAAAAGCUUUGGAUAUGUUUUAAUGAAUAUAGUCACUACGUUUUGUAUGAAUGUUGUUUAUAUCAAUGUAUUAAACUAUUAUAGUUUCACCUAACAAAUAAAUACAGCCCAGAUAAGAGCUGUCUAUUACUGAUGUUCACAAGUGCCUCAAGGUUUUGCACAGUACUUCAAAGAGAAUAGCUGUAAAAAAAGAGCAUUAUGCGUUGUUACCCCACUUCACUUUUUCUUACUCCUCUUUUCUUAUAAAUAAUGGUACACAUGAAGAAAACUAAGUAGAGAUUUACUAAAAAGAGUACAAAGCUUUUAAAUAGGUCUGUAUUCUAUACUGAGGUACACUAGAAUACCUUACAGUGAAAGUACCCUUUUUUGUACACAUUUUGUUUUUUUUGUACCAGUAAGGAUUAUAAAGAUUAUAAACAUUAUGUGUCAAGAACAUGAUGAUCCAAAAUUGUCUGGCUUCGAAAUAAAAAAAAUAUAUAAUUAAAAUAUAUGUUGUGUAUUAGUACAGUGAUACAGAAUUUUGAUAAUGUACCUUUUUUGGCUGAUUAAAUGGUACAAAUCUGUACUUCUUGCUGUUAAUAUAAAGACUUUGUACUUUAGAAGGAACAUAUCUGACCCUGUAAAGACCAAUAUUAUACCUUUGAGGGUACAAUUACGAAAAGUCUACCUUUGAGUACAAUAAAUUAAUCA